AUGCCACCGAAUGUUGAUGUUUGUCGAUAUCCUUCUAAUACAAUUACAAAACUAAAAAUGGACGCCAUGUUCACAUUCAGUGAAGAAGAAUUGAAUACAGGAACUAUUCAUUCACAUGACGAAUCAGCCAAUAGUAGUCCGUCGACGUCAACUAUGUUGACGACAACAACAACAACAACAGCAAUAACAGAAAAUGUAGGACGACCACAAAUAAAACGACCAUCAUCAUUAAAUGUAUCGAAGCCAACAGAACUUGUCUUACGUGAUACAACAAAUGCCGGAUGUAAAUCGGAAAGUUCGCCGACAAAUAGCGUGCAAAAAAGACAACAAAAAAAGAAAAAACGUCGAACAGCUAAUUCAUAUUCUGAUAUAUCAUUCAAUGAUAAAUAUAAAUUAACUGAAGAAUUACUAGGAACCGGUGCACACGGAGUUGUUAAGACGUGUCGCGAUCGAGUGACAAAACAAGAAUAUGCUGUUAAGAUAAUCAGUAAAGCGCGUCAUCCGAAUCGAACGCGUGUUUUCAAAGAAAUUGAUAUAUAUUAUCAUUGUCGUGAUUGUGAAAAUAUUCUAAGCAUUAUUGACUUUCUCGAAGAUGAUGAAUAUUUUUAUCUUGUCUUUCAAAAAAUGGAAGGCGGACCAUUACUCAAUCACAUAAUGAAACGUGGUCGUUUAACCGAACGUGAAACUAGUUUAAUUGUACGUGAUAUUGCUAAUGGUCUUAAUUUUCUUCAUUCCAAGGGCAUGUCACAUAGAGACUUAAAACCGGAAAAUAUCUUAGUCGAACGUGCCGAUUCAUUAAUACCGAUAAAACUAUGUGAUUUUGAUUUGGGUUCAGCUAUUCGUCUUAAUAGUAAUAAAACAACGCCAAUUUCAACACCAGAAUUAUCAACACCUGUUGGAUCAGUUGAAUUUAUGGCACCGGAAGUUGUAGAUGCCUGGACAAGUCUUGAGGGUUCAUUACUAAUGUAUGAUAAACGUUGUGAUUUAUGGUCACUUGGUGUUAUUAUAUACAUAAUGUUAUCUGGUUAUCCACCAUUUUAUGGUUCAUGUGGUCAUACAUGUGGAUGGACAAAAGGUGAAGAAUGUGAGCAAUGUCAAAGCUUAUUAUUUGAACGAAUACAAGAUGGAGAAUUUGAUUUUCCUGAUAAAGAUUGGAAAUAUAUAUCUACUGGUGCAAAAGAUUUAAUAAAACAUUUAUUAGUACGUGAUGCAUCAUUGCGUUUAACAGCUGCUGAAGUUCUUCAGCAUCCAUGGGUUAAAAAUAGUCAAGAGCUUGAUGAUGAACGUACAUUAAAUACACCAGAGCUUUUACAACGUCAUGAUAGUAUUCGUCGUUUAGAAUCGUUUACGAAAGAUGCAUUGAGUAUAACAAAAAUGAUUGAAGAACGUAAACGUAUGAUACAUUAUCGUUCGCAUAGUACGGAUAGUUUAAAUCAGAAAAGUCGAACACCAUCACAUGAUGAUGAUGCUGACGAUGAAGAUUUUAAUAAAGUCGAUACAGCAAACAGUAGUGUAAAACGACGUAUACGAAAGAAGAAGAAACAACAAAAUAAAGAUCAAACUAAUAAUAACAACAACAAUAAUGAUGAUGAUGAUGAUGAUAAUCAAAAUUUUGAUAAUUUAAGACGGAGAUUAUCAAGUGCUACAAUGACAUCAGGUGAUGAGGAUAUUGGUGGUGAAGAAGAUAUGUAUGGUUGUAGUUUUAAAACGGUUAUACAUCGGCCAAUACCACAUUUUUAUUUACCUUCAUCAGACAAUUUGGCUCCUCCUCCUCCUCCACCACCACCUCAGGUACCUCCACCUCAACCAAUAGCACUUACACCAUCACCAUUAAUUCCAGCGCCACCAUUACCUGUUCUCGUGCUUCCAUCGCCACCUGUUAACUUACCAAUACAUCAUCGAGCUCAUACGGAUACUGAUCUUCUAUUUUAUAAUCAACAAGCUCAACCUGUUUUUUAUCCAACGGGUUGGUAUCCACCAUUACCACCAGGUUUUAUAUAUGCUCCUCCGCCUCCACCUCCACAUCCCUCGCCAUUUGUUAUGCAUCAUGCAUCUUUUCGAAGUUCAUCAGUUGAUUGUCGCCGAACGGCAAAUAAUGUUAAUGAACCUUAUAUAAUACAUCCGGAACGGGUUUGGUAA